AAAGAAUGGAAAGAAUUUCGUGGAUUUUGUUUCUCAGCAUUUCGUAUUUUACGUCGACAUGCCAAUGUUGUUCUCAAUUUAUUUUCACUUAUGCUGGAUUCUGGAAUACCGGAUAUCGCUAUUGAAAAGGAAAAGGCAGUUCAGAAGGUGGAGCAGAGAUUCCAUUUAUCUCUGAGCGAAGAACUAGCCGAACAGAAAAUGGAACAUCUUAUCGAUGAAUCAGUUAAUGCAAAAAUUACGAAAUGUGAUCAGAAAAAUAAAAAUUUUGCAGAAAUGCUAAAUAGUAAAGAUACAAUGAAAGAAAAAUUGUGUGACGAGUGUUUUCAUGUAAUACAGAUGGCACUUCGUUGUAAGCAUCAGAAAAUAAAUCAGGCUGCUGCUGAUUUACUUCAAGCGAUAAUACGAGAUAAAUGUAUUAUUAGUGAAACAAACUUUGUGGAUGAUUCCUUACCGCUUUCAGUAUUAAAAUCGGUUGCAUUACUACCUGUAAUUAAAGCUCCUAUACAAUGUAAAAUUUUAACGUUAAUUGUCGAAGUGAUGUGUAAAGAAGAACGACAUAUCACCACUGAAUUAGUUAUGGAAGCCUUAACGUUGUGCUUGCAAACAUACGAAAAUGCUGAAGAAACGAGUGUAAGACUGGCUUGUCGUGCUGCUAUUACCCAAAUUUUCACUUCAUUUUGUACUUUACCAAAAGUUAAUGAAAAGGUUGAUCACCCUCAUGAGUUUAUAGCUGUUGCCAUGGAUGUUACAUCGUUGUUGAAUAAAGUAAUCGAAAAAAUUAAUAUCAUUAAUCCACAAUCAGAUCAAAUUGUAAUUUUAUUAGAUGCUAUUUACAGCAUUCUCAGUUCACAGCCUAUUCCUAUUACUAAACACCAACCAUUCAUAAAUGUUAUAUGGUGUGAAUUAAGUCCAUGUUUGAUGAAAAUGUUAGGGGAACCGGAAAAGAGCACUCGCGAUACCACGGAAGGAGGUGAGCCCUUAGGACGAGGGCACCGAUCACUGAUAACACGUAAUAAAAGUAUUUUCGAUCAUCCAGAAAUCGUUCUUUCUUUAUAUCAGAUUGUUGAACAAUUGUUACGAUUGCUAUCAACUCUUCCUGGUAUGCGCAGUGUACUUGAAGCAAUAUUCCAUAAAGCAUUACUCUAUCCACCAGUUGAUCAACGUUUUGAAGCCUUGCGUGUUAUUAGGAAGAUUGUUGGAAAUGAAGAACGACUUGCCGAUAUUGUUGCUGUUUCAGUGUUCAACGAAUCACUAACGUUGUGGACAUUAAUUAUAGACUGUAUUCUAGAGUGCAGUCAAUCAGGAAAUAUCGAACUUGCUUCAGAAUGUCUUCGAACGUUGCAAACUUUUUUAAAUACGGCAUCUCGAUUAUGUGCAAAUGAUAAUGACAACGUAUUAUCUCCAGAACUUACAAGCUUGAUUUUAGAAAGUCUACCUCUAGAAAUCACCAUAUCAGAAACAAAUUCUGAAAAAAAUUUGCCGAAUGUUUGUUCACAGAAACUUGAUAGUGUUGAACCGAAUGAUACAAAAGAAUCGGAUAUAGAUCGUAACAAUUCAGCAGUGAAUUUGGAGGUAGAUCAAAUACUCGAGAAAUUAUCGUUCAAGUACAAUGAAAAAAAAGCAGAUUCUUCGAGACAGUUUGAUCGUUCUUCUUGUGAUUUAUCUUGUCAAAAGGAGCUAAAUACAGCAACUUACUUCAUAAAAGAAUUAAUGAGCGCAAUCCCCAAAUGGUUGCAAAUUAAAAGUACAAUUGAAGUAGACGAAGCAAUUCAAGAAUUUUCGUCUUCAUUCUUUUCUGAAUUUAUGAUGGCUCAAAAAGAUGCAUUUGAAUUGCAUGGUGAAACACAGUCACAAUUUUUGAAUUCAGAUGCUCUGUAUCUUACUGCUUAUGCUACAUUAGCAGUCAUUCUAUACAAAAAUAGCAAUGAAUCCUACGACAAAAAGUGGUUUAUAAACGAGGUACUUCUCAGCAAAUGUAUUGUGUAUAGCAGUGAUCAUUGGUUAAACGCUGUGUACGAUGGUGUGAUUAAGACAGAAAUGGAUUUGCAAUUUUCAAAUAAUGCUACAGUACCAUUAAUAAAUGUUAUUGAAGAUUAUACUGGGCAUGAUAUCAAACUUAUGAGAGAUACGCGUCGAAUACAACAAAUACUUAUUAAAAAAAGUGAACAUUCAUUAGCUGCUUGUAAAGCAUGUCGAUGGCUUUUGUCAAAAACAUGGGAUAAAUUGUUUUCUUCACCAUCAAAUCUGCUUGAUUUGCAUUGCAAGUUACGUCGUAUUAUCCGUCCCAAAGCUGCUGAAGUUUUUGACCAAGCCAUCUAUACAUUAUUAGCAUUGGCUAAAUUAUGCACUAUGAUAGGUCUUGAAAAAUAUAAUCAAAUAAUUAUUAAACGUCUUGUGGAAGUUACAUGUCCUAUAAAUGAACUCAGAACUCUGGCAGCACAAGAACAAGUUGAUUCUUCUACAGAACGUUCUAAUAAAUGGUCAUUACGAAAAUCGAGUGUUUUAGCAAUUGAAGCAAUUUUAGAUAUUGGUAUGGAAUGUGGACUCCAUGAAUCAGAUAGCUGGAUUGACAUUAUCAGAUGUACAGAAUAUGUAUGGGAAGUUGAGAGAUAUUUGUUCAGUACAACUCAGUCUCAAGCAAACUGGAAAUUUUUUGCUUAUAGUGGGAGUGCAUCCGAAAACAUACAAUGUUUGGAUGAUAUUUUAUCAGAAGAUAGUAGUGAUAAGCUCAGUAAUCAAACUUCUUCUGCCGUUCUUUGUUUUCUGAUAUCAUUAACGAAUAAAUUUUAUGAUCGCGUCAGCAGAGAGUUAAAUUUGAUUGCGUUAUGCGAACUAUUGCAAAGUUUGGUGGUAGUGAGCGAAAAUAGCCUACAAAAUGCAAGCAAUUUAAUGCAGCUAGGAAAAUGUGUUGUUGACCCAACGAUACUGCUUGCUCCUAUAUUAACAAUUUCUAUGAACCUUUCUGCUAGGCCUCUGAUACAUGCCAUGAAAAUUUGGCCUAAAAUUACGCAGCAUAUAGUUCAGUGUGCUUGCUUUCGUGGAAACGAAAAAUUGAAUAAUUUUGCUAUUGAAGGCUUAGGUAAUUGCGUAGUUAAAUUAAUGACUAAUGAAGCAAAUGGUUUCUGCUACAAUCAGCUUAUUUUCCAACCUCUGCAGGAUAUACUGUGUGCAGAAAUGUGCUCGGAAGAAUCACAAGAACAAAUUGUUUCAUUGCUUGCUACAUUUGUGCAUUCACAUUCAGAUAUGAUUGGUUCUGGAUGGCGGCCUCUGUUCAGUGCUCUGAAAUCAUUACGAAUUGAAUGUCAUUCUGAAAAAGAAUCGGUGUCAGUUCCAUCAGCUACCAUAACUAUUGCUUCAACCGCUUUGCAAAAUUUACUGAAAGUUGAACGAAUGCUUCACAGUUUAUUUACUUCAACUGAUUCCGCUGAUCCACACUUACUACAAAGGCUGACUUCACGUAAGAGAACUCAACAAUGUAUUGAUCGCCACACAAAUAUAUCUUCGCUCGUAGAGCCAUUGUCAACCGUAUUCAUAGAAGAACCUUUUUUCAACAAUUAUCAAGCAGUUCUUCCAACAGAUUUAGAUGGUUUUCUUGAAGCACCGCAAUUGACCUUACCGUGGGAAAAUUAUACGCCAUCAAUGCGAAGUUGUGCUGAGAUUUAUUUAUCAUUAUUGGAAAGUCUUACGGCUGUUACUUUUGUUUGUCCAACAUUGUUACAAUCCAACUUACUGCGCACUAUUGCUGAUUUGAUCAUCGAACAAGUUGAUACUAAUUUUGGUAUUGAUUUCGGUGCAUAUGGAUUGUCAGUUCUGGUUUUUCCAAUGUUACAGCAGUGGAUGCGAAAAGGCAUUUCAGAACAUGAAAAUAACCUGAAACAAGCUGUUGGAUUAUUUACGGAAGUUGUCAAGAAAUACGUGAUGCUACAACGGGAAGAAAAUACAUGGGUUAAUCGAGUUUUGCUUGAUACGUUUACUUUGCUAACGGAAUGUAUUACAUGUGCAUCAGAUCGCAUUGCUCGUUUAGGUUAUGCGUGUCUAAGUUUUUUAGUAAAGUCUUGUGUAAAUUCGUUUACAAAAGAGCAGUGGACUAUUGUUAUAAGAUCUCUGUGGAAUGCAACUGACUUGACAUUGGUUCAUAUCAGACUUUUAAUGAAAUAUUACAUGAGUGGUUCAAAUGAUCCAAAAGGUGAUCUUGGUACGGUUCGUGUUUUAACUAUACAGAAUUCAAUAUUUUCAUGUGAAGCAUUAUUAUCAGCUCAACAGGUAUUUUUGGUAGACGAACAAAUGAAUUUUUCACGCUCAUCAAGUGAAAAGAAACAGCGUGAAGUGAUACUUUCCAAUAGUGAUGGAAGUGAAGAAAGGAUUCUCGCACAUGAACUGGUUUGUAUCCUUACUAGUCAUUUACAUAUUUUGGAUCUAAUUGGUACCUUACUACUCAACGGGAUUGAUUUCCCGGUAGAUGGACACACUGCUCAUCAUUUGAAAAAAUUUGAUGAACGAGUAGAAAGUGAUGACAAAUGUAAUUUACACAUGCUAUCAGCAGAGGAUAUAGCUAUAUUAUUUCGAUGUGUGGAUGCAUCUUUUGUGGUUGCAAGAAAUUUCGACAAACGUUUAGGUCUGAAAAUGCUCAUUCAAGACCUAUUUUAUUUUCCUACUCUUCCAAAUUUAUCCAAACAAACAUCCCUAACUUGGACCAUACACUCAUUAGGAAUGUAUGAAAUGGUACGGAAAUGUCCCAUGAACAAAGAAGGAAUUGCUCAGUGGUUGUCAUCAAAUGAAAAUACGAAAAAUGAUCAAUAUUACAUAAAACAACUUCAAUUAUACCAUCGUGAAGUAUGCACUUAUGCAUGCAAAUUAGAAAAAAAAACAUCAGCAGAAGUUUUGAGACACUUGGCGACUUCACACGUUACUCCGCAAGUCACUCUUAUCAAUGAUGACUCGACAGAAGACGAUCUGCAUAAAUUAUUAACUUCGGGAAAAACUGCUGAAAUCAUAUCUGAUUAUAAACGCUCAAAAACUGCGCAGUCAUUACUUCCAACAGCAAAACGAAUCAAUCCAUUCAAAGAAAACUAUGAAGAAGAACAAAAUACUACGAAUGAGAAAUUGAUUCUGAAUGUAAAAAUUUUGAAUACUCUAGAUUGGGAACAAAACCACAAUUGA